ACUGUGUGUGUGUCUGUGACUGUUGUUUUGCUCUCUGAACUAAUCAAUCCUGUGGCGUGCCUAAUCAAACCCAAUUUAUUAUUUGUUUUUAAUAAGUUCCGCAUUUGAUUUCGAAAAAGAGAUGAAGCUAGACACUCCAGAGAUUUCUUGGCAUGGUAGAGAACCCAUCUAUAGUCUUGAUUUCCAGCCUUUGAGUACAGCCAAGAAAGAACCUCGACGGCUAGCCACAGCAGGCUGUGGUAAUGAUGGCAACCUACGGAUGUGGUACAUCAGAAUCAAUAAUGAUGGCAAAGCUACAGCAGAGUUUGCUUCUAAUAUGUCACGUCACACAAAGUCUGUCAAUGUCGUACGUUUCUCACCGGAUGGACAGAUUCUAUCAUCUGGAGGCGAUGACUGUUUAGUGAUCUUAUGGAGGUUGACCGAUACUCAGGGAGGAGGAUCAGCAUUUGGGAAGGAGGAUGAAGAAAGCAAAGAAGGCUGGAAUGCAUUCAAGAUGUUGAGAGGUCAUUUAGAGGAUGUAUAUGAUCUAUCCUGGUCACCUGAUGGGACUCGUCUACUCUCUGGAUCAGUGGAUAACAGCGCAAUCAUCUGGGAUGUAACUAAAGGUGAAAAGCUUGUAAUUUUGAAAGAUCAUCGUAGUUUUGUACAGGGAGUGGCAUGGGAUCCAUUGGGCAAGUACUGCGCUACAUUGAGCUGUGAUAGGUCACUGCGUUUAUACAACCUAAAUAAUAAUCGCUGUGCGUUUAAUAUAGUCAAGAUGACUAUGUCAUCAACCAGCAACAAUGGAGAGAGUACAACAAAGCAGUGUCGCUUGUUCCAUGAUGACAGUAUGAAAUCUUUCUUCCGUCGUUUGACGUUUAGUCCCGAUGGUCAGCUUCUUAUAGUCCCUUCUGGUUCCUUAGAGGUGGGAGAUUCCUCCACAUCAUGUAACACCACAUACAUCUUUACACGGUCUUCAGUACCAAGACCAGUGAUGUAUCUGCCUGGUGCUACUAAAGCCACUAUUGCUGUACGAUGCUGUCCUGUUUUAUUUGAACUGCGUAAACCAGAGGAGGAGCUUAAGGAACCCAAAGAUGAUUCAGUCCAUGAUGAGUCAAUGGACACAUCCACAGUCACAAACGAUGUAACGGCGGAGAAAUCGGACAACCCUAAAGAAAUUUGGCCAUCUGUUGAUACGGAACCCAGUAAUAAUGAACCCAUCUCCUUAUUCAAUCUUCCAUACAGAAUUGUCUUUGCAGUGUUGACUGAAGACAGUCUUAUCCUCUAUGACUCUCAACAAAGUAUUCCUUUUGGAAUGAUUUCAAAUAUCCACUAUCACCAACUCAGUGAUGUCACAUGGUCACCAGACGGUCGAGUUUUAGUUGUGUCCUCCACAGACGGCUUCUGUUCAUUGGUCACUUUCGAGGAAGGAGAAAUUGGUAUUCCUUUUGAAAAAGCACCGAUAAAACCAAUAGCAACAGAGGCACCAAAGGUCAAUUCUCAAGCUGCGGGGUCAACUUCAGUUUCAUCCAAUCAGGCUCAGCCACCUCCUUUGAAUAUUCAUGAUGUGAAAGCCAAUCAGGGAGAGGCUGUGAUUAUUAGAAAGAUUGAGCCAAGGAGAGUGUCACCUACUGGCCCUACCAACAAUCCUCCAGCCAAAACCAACGGUAGCGGUGCGAGACGGAUUUGUACCACCCUACUGUCCAGCCCCACUGUUGGUGAGAUUCAUCCAAGAGUAUCUUCAAGUCAGAGCUCCCCUACUACCAGCAACAAUUCCCUGUCACCAUCAACGUCCUGCCUAACUACCCAGCCCCAGCCUAGCAGACAAUCACUAAAUGCAGUCCAACCAAGACGUAUCCAGCUCACCACCAUCAAACAAACUGAUGGUGAAAUAGCCCCAGAAACCCAACCCACCACAAUCCAACCCCCAGUCAAUGUCAACAUGCCGGUAGAAAUACCUACUUCUUCUGGAAACCCAGCAGUUCUUAUGCAACAGGAUAACAGAACCAUUAUCGGAGCUCCAAUGGAGGGUAUUGAAGAAUCGUCACAAGGGCAAACUGAUAAGGAAGCUGUAUUAACCAAUCAGACACCACCAGCUGGUCAGGUGACACCCAGACGCAUUAUGUUAACCAAACUAGAUUAAAAUGCUACUUUGACGGGGGUAGAGGUUUAUAUUGUGUUAGGAAAAGUAUUCGGAGGAGCUUGGGGCUGUGUACUUCUUUCCAGUGAGCUGAGAAACAUUGGCCCAAUGACCUGCAAAGAUAGUCCUUACUUAGAACUAGUCCUAGGACUCUUAAAGACACUAAACA